AUGGUAGGAAAUGACAUUGAUCUCUUUGGGCCUUUCAGAGGACCAGAUGACGGUCGCUAUACGGGAUAUUCGCCUUCCUCUGACGCAUUACUUUCACUCUUUGAGCAUAAAAAAAGCCCUCUGAUAAGUGAACAAUACCACUACGACGAUUCUCCCAUCAGCAACAAUGUCUAUGUAAACUCACAACAUCUGCCACCCGACCCAUAUCCUUCUUGGACGGUCGAGAAGGGCGCUCCACUAACGCAAGAGGAAAUUGAUGGCAUCAUGGUCGACCUCACACGGAAAUUUGGAUUUCAGAGAGAUAACAUGCGCAACCAAUCAGAAGCCUUCUUGACCAUGCUGGACUCCAGAGCAUCCCGAAUGUCCCCUACUUUGGCGUUAACAACUAUUCAUGCCGAUUAUAUUGGAGGAGAGAACGCCAAUUACCGUAAAUGGUAUUUUGCUGCACAACUGGACUUGGAUGAUUACAUGGGUUAUCAUUCAGCGCCCGGCAAGAAUAAGAAGAUCGAUUGCAGCUCGAUGGUGCCACAACCUGAUGCCGCCCAUGUUGAAACCCACGAUUCCCUAGCGAUGGCGGAGCAGCAAUGGAAAGCACGUAUGAGUCGUAUGUCUCAUUUUGAUCGCGCACGCCAGGUGGCACUCUACCUCCUUCUCUGGGGAGAAGCGUCCCAAAUCCGAUUUCUGCCCGAAUGUCUGUGCUUCAUCUACAAAUGUGCUGAGGAUUUUUAUUUGUCACCUGAAUGCCAACAGAUGAUUAAUCCUGUUCCAGAGGGCUACUUCCUUCGUACCAUUGUGUCGCCGCUUUAUCGUUUCAUCCGUGACCAGGGUUAUGAGGUGCAAGGAGGGAAGUAUGUGAAGCGAGAGCGUGAUCACAGCACAGUAAUCGGCUACGAUGAUAUCAAUCAAGCAUUCUGGAGCCCUGAAGGUAUCGAGCGUAUCCGGCUACGGGACAGCAAGCGCCUCGUGGAUAUUCAUAUCACCAAGCGGUGGAAUGCACUAAACCAAGUUGACUGGGAGUCAUCAUUUAGGAAAACAUAUAGUGAGAAGAGGACAUGGCUUCAUUUGGCAGUCAAUUUUACACGUAUCUGGAUCAUCCACCUCGUCGCGUACUGGUACUUCACUGCCUAUAAUGCCCCCUUCCUGUAUAUGGCUGAAGACGCAGACGAACCCGCAGUUCGGUGGACGAUUGUUGCGCUGGGUGGGGCUAUUGCAGCAUUAAUCAUGCUUUUAGGGGUCUUCUGUGAGUUUAUGUUCAUCCCCCUCACUUGGUAUAACUCGGCGAUGCUAAUUCAGCGGCUCAUAUUGCUCAUCCUCGUCUUACUCUUAAAUGCGGCGCCCGCGGUCUAUAUCUGUUUUUUUAAUCGCAGGGGUAGUGUUGCUGAGAUUGUUGGCAUCAUACACUUUGCAGUGUCAUUGAUCACGACUCUUGUUUUUGCAAUUGUUCCAUCCAAUCGGCUCUUUGGCAGCUCCUCCAAGUCAUCCCGAAGAAACUUAGCAUCUCAAGCGUUCACUGCGUCGUAUCCAAAACUCAAAGGCUCUGAUCGUGCGCUCUCCAUCAUCCUCUGGUGCCUUAUCUUCGGCUGCAAGCUAGCAGAGUCAUAUUUUUUCCUUGCUCGCUCCUUCAAGGACCCUUUGAAAGCCCUAUAUGCAGAGCGUAUUCCCAAUUGCCAAGAUAAAUACUUGGGAGGAGCACUGUGCUCCAUCAUGCCUGCCUUCACUGUGGCUAUAAUGUUCGCGGUAGAUCUAGUGCUCUUUUUCCUCGAUACCUAUCUCUGGUAUGUUAUCUGGAAUACUAUCUUUUCUGUCUCCCUAUCCUUCAAGCUCGGUGUUUCGGUUUGGACUCCGUGGCGCAACACAUUCUCUCGCUUGCCAAAGCGUAUCUAUGCUAAAAUACUCGCUACCGCAGACAUGGAUAUCAAAUACAAGCCCAAGACUCUUUGCUCACAGGUCUGGAACGCCAUUAUCAUCUCUAUGUACCGUGAGCAUCUGUUGUCUAUCGAGCAUGUCCAGCGCCUGCUCUACCAGCAAGUUCCGUCAGAAAAUGGAAAUAAGACGAUACUCAGGACGCCGAUGUUUUUUGCAGCUCAAGAAGACUCGUCGAUCAAAGCUGAGUUCUACCCACAUUGUUCGGAAGCUGAGCGUCGUAUCAACUUUUUCGCUCACUCCCUGUCGACGGCUAUUCCUGAGCCUCUUCCCGUCGAAGAGAUGCCCACAUUUACAGUCCUAGUUCCUCAUUAUUCCGAGAAGACCCUUCUCUCGCUUAAAGAGAUUAUUAGGGAAGAAGAUCAGCAUACACGUGUGACACUUCUAGAAUACCUUAAACAGUUACAUCCUGUUGAGUGGGAUAACUUUGUGAGAGAUACUAAGAUUCUAGUUGAGGAGUCGUCCAUGUAUAACGCUGCUAGUAGUCUCGGGCUGUCUGGCACUGAAGGCGAUAAAGAAAACCACCAUGAUAUGCAAAAGCCCAACAACAACAACGACGACCUACCAUUUUAUAGUAUUGGGUUCAAGUCUGCCACGCCCGAGUUCACUUUUCGCACUCGAAUUUGGGCAUCACUUCGUGCACAAACCCUGUACCGUACGGUUUCUGGGUUUAUGAACUAUUCAAAGGCGAUCAAGCUUCUUUACCGUAUCGAGAACCCUGAAAUUGUACAGCAAUUCGGUGGUAAUGGUGAUCGCUUGGAGCGCGAACUUGAGAAGCUCUCUCAGCAAAAAUUCAAGUUUAUUGUUUCAAUGCAACGAUAUACCAAAUUCAGCAAAGAGGAAGCUGAGAACGCUGAAUUCCUGCUUCAGACUUAUCCCCAGUUACAGAUCGCAUACCUUGAUGAACGUCCAUCUGAGGUUGAGGGAGAAGAGCCUAUUGUGUACUCUGUGUUGAUUGAUGGGAAGUGCGAGCUCAUGCCUGACGGUAAACGCAAGCCACGCUUCCGACUAAGACUUCCAGGCAAUCCUAUUCUAGGCGAUGGAAAAUCUGACAAUCAAAACCACGCCAUCAUUUUCGCACGCGGUGAAUACAUUCAGUUGGUCGAUGCCAAUCAAGACAACUAUUUGGAAGAGGCUCUCAAGAUCCGCAGCGUCUUAGGAGAGUUUGAGCAGAUGCAUAUGCCAGAAGUUUCACCAUACUCGCCGCAGGUCACAUCGAAAGAUAUCCCUGAGCCUGUCGCGAUCGUUGGUGCUCGUGAAUACAUUUUUUCGGAGAAUAUUGGCGUCCUCGGGGAUGUUGCUGCUGGAAAGGAGCAGACUUUUGGGACCUUGACUCAGCGUAUGAUGGCUAAAAUUGGUGGGAAGCUUCACUACGGUCAUCCUGAUUUCUUGAACUUUAUCUUCAUGACGACUCGCGGAGGCGUUAGUAAGGCACAGAAGGGCCUUCACCUGAACGAGGAUAUCUAUGCUGGAAUGACUGCAUUCCAACGCGGUGGUAGGAUCAAACAUACCGAAUACUACCAGUGCGGUAAAGGACGCGACCUUGGCUUUGGCUCAAUUCUAAAUUUUAACACUAAAAUCGGCACGGGCAUGGGAGAACAGAUGUUGUCGCGUGAAUACUAUUACCUUGGAACACAAUUACCUUUGGAUCGUUUCCUGACAUUCUACUAUGCACACCCUGGAUUUCAUAUCAACAACAUCUUUAUCAUGCUUGCUGUCCAGCUGUUUAUGCUUUCGAUGCUAUUUGUUGGCUCCGUGUCAUCGUCGGUUGAGGUUUGUGCUGACAUUGCGCAGGCUGGGUGUGUCAACUUAGUGCCUGUAUAUGACUGGAUCAAGCGCUGUGUCCUCUCGAUCUUCAUUAUAUUCUUUGUCGCAUUUUUGCCCUUGUUCUUACAAGAGCUCAUGGAGCGCGGCUUUACCAGAAGCUUAGUUCGGCUUGGCAAGCAUUUCAUGUCCUUUUCGCCCAUGUUCGAGGUUUUCGUAACUCAAAUAUACGCAAACUCUAUUCUGACCAACCUAUCCUUCGGCGGUGCUCGUUACAUCGCCACUGGCCGAGGUUUCGCAACAACGAGAGCCCCGUUUUCGCUCUUGUAUUCAAGGUUUGCUGGGCCUUCGCUCUACGUGGGGAUGAGGCUUUUAUUGAUGCUGAUCUUUGCAUCGUUGACCAUGUGGGUCCCUCAUUUAUUGUACUUUUGGGUCUCAGUGUUGGCUCUCGUGAUCUCGCCUUUCCUCUUUAAUCCGCAUCAGUUCUCUUUUACAGAAUUCCUGCUGGACUACCGUGAGUUCCUGAGAUGGCUAUCGAGAGGGAACUCACGGACGCAUGUAUCAUCCUGGAUCUCGUAUUGCCGCACCAUGCGAACUCGUAUCACAGGAUACAAACGUAAGCGCUUAGGUCACCCUUCAGAGAAAUUUGGAGGCGACAUCCCCAAAGCCAGGUUUGGGGUCAUUCUUGUUUCUGAAAUUAUCCUUCCACUUGCCCAACUCGCCAUUUGCGUGGUCUGCUAUAUGUUUGUCCGGUCAUUCCCUGCUGGCGUCAAUAGCAAUGGAGGGGCUAUUUACGUCAGUGGACUACUUCGCGUUGCAGUCUUUGCCCUAGGCCCUGUUGUGGUCAACGCCACAGUCCUGGCAGGCCUCUUCUUCAUCUCUCUUCUUCUGGGCCCCCUGGUAAAUAUGUGUUGUAUCAAGUUUGGAGCUGUGAUGGCGGCUAUAGCCCAUGGCAUCGCAGUCUUGACCUUGCUCGGCUCAUUUGAGGCGCUUUGGGCGCUUGAGUCAUGGAACGGAUCGCAUGCAGUCUUGGGCAUCAUCGCUGCCAUUUCAGUUCAGCGCUUUGUGUUCAAAGUAUUGAUCACAAUCUUCUUGACACGAGAGUUUAAGCAUGAUGAAACGAAUCGGGCGUGGUGGACAGGUAAAUGGCAUGGCCGAGGAUUGGGGACGCAUGCUAUAUCUCAGCCGUUACGGGAGUAUGUGUGCAAGAUCAUUGAAAUGUCUAUGUUCGCUUGCGACUUUAUUAUGGGUCACGUCAUCCUCUUCUUACUAUUUCCGAUUUGUUUAAUUCCCUGGAUUGAUCGAUGGCACUCUACCAUGCUAUUCUGGCUGCGCCCGAGCAAACAGAUCCGCCCUCCGAUCUUUUCUUCAAGGCUCCGAGCACAGCGUCGGGCUGUGUCGUGGACGUAUGGCGUACUCUUUAUCUUGUUAAUGGCCGUCUUCGUCAUGUUGAUUGUUACACCCUUGAUGUUUCCUCAGUACAUGCCCCAGGAUAUUGGACAAACAAUCCCCAUUUGA